GAUAGCGUCUUCCGGUUCAGCUUCACGCCAAAACGUCGUUUCCACAGGAGAGGAGUGCGUUUAACGUUAUCUAGAACUAGAAAAGGGAAUGGCUCUGCACUUUCUUCCUCCUCCACACUGCAGAGGCUUCUCUGCUUCUGCACUCAAUGUAAUCGCCGGAGGAGUAUCAUCGUCUCGUCUCUCGUUGUCGGAUUCCGGCGCCGGAAAAUGGGUUUCCGGUUUCCGGUCGAAAUCUCUCAGUUUUCUGCUCUCUGGAGCUCUCUCUCUCAGUUUGUCCCUCUCGGGAAUCGGAUAUGCGGAGGGGAAAGUUGGGGUUAACAAGCCGGAAUUGCUUCCAAAAGAAUACACUUCUGUGCUUGAUGUUGCAGGUUUUCUCUCUGAUGGCCAGGAGGAACGAAUAGCUCGAGAAAUUGCUGAUCUUGAGAAGGACACUGGAUACAAGUUGAGAGUUUUAGCUCAGAACUAUCCUGACACUCCUGGGUUGGCGAUCAAGGAUUUCUGGCAGGUGGAUGAUAGAACGAUUGUGUUCGUUGCUGACCCGACAUUUGGGAACAUACUGAAUUUCAACGUGGGAGAAACAGUUGAUUUGGACGUUCCUCGUAGUUUCUGGAGUCGAUUGGCAGGGAAAUACGGCAACAUGUUCUACUGGAAAGAGAAGGGAGAAGAUGCAUCUAUUGAAGCUGCAGUCAUGGCAAUAUCCAAUUGCUUAAGAGAACCCGUUGGUCCGAACAACUGUGCUGAGGUAAAAUGAACUGUAACAAAGCUGAAUUCUAUCUUUUUCGAACAUGUGAUCUCUCUGUAAAAUCAUCAUAAAUCAUGUCUUUGCAAUUCUUGUCAACA